CGGGGCAGAGAAGACGGCGUAAAAAAAGAAAAGGAAGAAAGAGCGAGGGUGGGAGGGAGAGCAUUACAGGAAGGAAGAGAGAGAGGGGGAAAAAAAAAUAAAAGAUGUCAUCCUCUCGAUUGAAACGCCGAGGCGGAGCCAUGGACUGCGGCCGGUGAAGUGCUCGCCACGCCGGGAUGAGAUUUAACGCGACACCGAGGCUUUCUGCCGCGCUCAGGCCCGCAUGGAGAAGCUCUCAGUAACACGGGCUGUUUCUCCCUCAGCAAACGGGCCGAGCGACCGCUGACUACAAAAAACAACAUCCAACUCUCAGUUUUCAACGCUGUGUUAUUAUUAUUUUUUCCUUUUGCAUGAACUGGUGCACACAGCUGUCUAAUUUAUAAAAAACACCAUUCCAGUAAAAAUAUAUUUAUAUAACUUACAUGUAAUGUCUGAAAGCAUGAAAAUAUGACUGUUCUUUUGAACGUGCGAUAUCGAAAAUGAAGACUUUGACAGCUGUUUAAUAUUAUGAACAUACUUUUUUUAGCAGAUAUUUUUCAAUAUCGUGGUUUUUAAUAGUAGAUACGUGUUGUAAAUGACUUAAUUGACGUCACUGGAACGUGCAAUUUCUUUUUUCUUAUCAGAGCAUUUUUGAUACUACGCCGCUGUUUGUGUCUUUGUAAGGUCUGCAUUGUAAAAGCACAAAUCAGGUGAACUGUUAGAUCACCGACUGUAAUUAGGGGGUCUAAAGGGAGAUCUUUCUGGUCGUACUGUACCUCAGUUUAUUAUUUUUAAUUGUCAUCAAAACGUCAUCCGCACUCAAGAUGGAUGCAGCUUGGAGCAAUUUCCUCUUUCAGACUCCGCCUUCGCAAUCCCAAACUGAGACGACCCUCCAAUCGGAUCUUCUUCCUGAACUCACGGAUCCGCCCCAGGAGCCGCCCACUGAGCACAUAGCCCCGCCCCCGUCCACAGUGGACACAGCCGCGCUGAGCGAGGAGCCCGAGCCAGUUAAACCUGUCACCAGGCCUGCUCGGCCCGCUCAUAUUUGCUCCAUAUGUAAUAAGCAGUUUAAGAACAGUUAUAACCUGCGGCGUCAUCAGUCCGUGCAUACGGGUGUUAAAAUGAAAGACAGAGCGGCCAGAGAGAAGGACGGAGCCAAGCCAGGUGCACGGGUGGAAAGGCAGACCAUCCCUCUGUCUCUUCUUCAUCUUUCUAUUCCUGCCACAAUCCCCACAGGUACAGACCCCAUGACCCAUCCCCAGUCAGCAAUCAGCAACCAACAAGUGGAGACGGUUGCCGUGUCUAUCACUCCAGCAACUGUUGCUAUGACCAUGCCCCAGCCUCUGCCUGCUGCUGUAGUGGUUACCGGGACGAUGGUGCAGGCUGCACCAACCACCAACACUGCAGAGAACCCUAACAUUCCCAGCUCAAUCCAAAUCUCUAUUCCAAUUGCAAACCCUCACCCUACUCCUAGCCCCAAUCCCAACCCUAGCCCCAACCCAAACCCUAAUCCAGUCCGCAAGAACCACGCAUGUGAGGCAUGCGGGAAGGCGUUCCGAGAUGUUUACCACCUGAAUCGGCACCGGCUGUCCCACUCGGAUGAGAAGCCGUAUUCCUGUCCCAUCUGCCAGCAGCGCUUUAAGAGGAAGGACCGGAUGAGCUACCAUGUCAGAUCCCAUCAGGGAGGAGUGGAGAAACCAUACGUGUGUCCUCACUGUGCCAAAGGGUUCUCACGGCCUGACCAUCUUAACAGUCAUGUGCGGCAGGUGCACUCCACAGAGAGGCCCUUCAAGUGUCCGACAUGUGAAUCUGCAUUUGCCACUAAGGACCGGCUGCGUGCUCAUAUGAUCAGACAUGAAGACAAAGUUCCCUGCCACAUUUGUGGCAAACUGCUCUCUCCUGCUUACAUCACAGAUCACAUGAGGGUCCACAACCAGUCUCAGCACCAUGUCUGCCACCUGUGCAACCGCAGUUUCACCACACUGACGUACCUGCGAGUCCAUGCUCAGAAGCACCACGGGCAGGAGUGGAAGGAGAGCAGCGUGGGCCGUGGUACGGGUCCCGGUGGUGUGUUGUUGUGCCAACUAUGUGGGGUACACUGUAAGACCCCCACGCAGCUCCAGGGCCACAUGGCCACACAUGCCAACCAGACAGACCCUGCUGCACCUAACCCAAUCAGCAGCAGUGCAGGCAGUACGGUGGCCACCGCCACUCCUGUCUCCAGCCCUCCAGCCACGGUGGGCCUACUGGUAACUGACUGUUCCAGCAUCGCUCCCCAGAGCCACAGCUAGCCCCAGGCAGCUGGGGCAGGGAUGGGGAGGGGGCAGGGGGCAGGGCUUUCAAAAGAGUGAUUAAAGGGAUGCAGAACACAUGAAUAGGAACAGGCUAUUAUGAAGAUGCCAAAUGGAAAGGGUACUUUAGAAACUCUGCCCCCUCCCCCCUUCCUUGCCACCUCAUAGCUUGCCAGACUUUUUAUCAACGAGGCUGAAGAUUUUAGAGCAGAAAAAUUCAAGAGGUCAUCCACUCAUUUCAACAACUAACAGACUUCUAAUCAGUCUUGAAAGGAUUAGUUUUUGGGGUCGAUCUGCUUCAGUAGGUGGACUGACUGUUCCGUGAAGAUUGAAUGGACUGCUGUGUUGGGUGUUGAGAUGUAAUCUUAUUACGUCAGUCAUGUCCCAAUGGAGAGCUCCCAAAGAAAUGAAGGCUGUUAAGUGUUGUCCCAUUUUAUUAUAACCUGUCUCUGGUGAUGAGGAUAUUAGAAUGUCGGAGCUAAUUAUGAUCUUUAGAUAUCAAGCAGCUUCCUAAAUCUAAACAACCUUCACUAUUUGAGCAAAAGUAGUAUAUAUUUUUUUUUUACAUGGUCCUUAUUGUCUGUAUUCUAACACAUUUAAGCUGCCUCUCUGAAUGAUCUCUGCAACUCUGUGAUAGGGGAUCAAAUUCUGUACCAUUUCCUGUCAUAAAUUCCUGAUGCCUGUAAAAGGUUCAUUCAAAGUGAAAUGUACAACGAGGAGUUACUUGUAUUGUUUCUCAUGUGUGUGGAUAUAAGGGACUAUUGUUGAGUAUUUUUUAUUUCCAAGGAUUCUCAUUGAUGUUGAUUUAUCUUUUAAAGGUUCUGACCAAGGAUGUGAACAAGGUUUGGUGUCGCUUAAGAAGCUGCAUAAUACUCUAUCCUUGACCACGUUUGUGUUGAAGCUUGUUGAACGCCAAUCUUUGUUGCUGUCGCUGUAAUUAUAUCUAAGUAAUCAAUGUACAAAAAAACGAACUUGCAUCUAAUUAUACUUACUUUAACUAACUUAA